CAAGAAGUGAAAUAUCAUGUUCUGUCACAUGUGGGUCAAGGAAUAUUCCAGCCCUUUGAAAUUCUGGUGAUAAAUGGCAGACACACACAUUCCAGCAAUUGCUUAAAUGUCACCUAUCUUGUGUACUCUUGGACCUUGAGUUUUAAGUUUAACAGGAUUGUCCGGAUAAGCCAUUCUUUCACAAGUGACUAUAUAAAUUCCUCACAGAAAUUCUCCUCAUGUUUCCUUGGUCAUGUUGUUGUUUAGCAGAGGACAAGCCUGGACAAAGAUCGGUCCCUUGGAGACUUGCUGGAUCAGAGGAAAAGCCUGUCUAGUUCAGCACUCUGUUGCCUACUUUCAUGUUGCCUGAUGACAUGGAAAUUCACACACAAAAUAUGAGAACAGAAACAUAUUGUUCACCAGCAAUUAGUAGUCAUUUGUAUGAGCUUAACUCUAUACUGAAAUCCUACAGUUGGUAGUUAUAACAUUUUUUUCUCCCUUUCUCUGUUUCCUCCGAUCCAUUGUAAAAUGCCAUGGAAAGUUGUACUCAUUCUAUCCACCCUAGACACAACAACUCCACCCAUGAGGUUGCUGGCAGUGGCUGCUAUUGCUGGUGGAAGAAACCCAAGCUGCUGGCCAGUGUGCAAGACGAAGAUGGCUUCUGCUCUGGAGCCGGCAGCAGCGGGCACUUCGGGCAGCAAUGGCACCUCUCAGGAAACAUUGGUCAAACCGAAACCAUUGCUGCUGAAACUUUUAAAGUUUGCUGGUGCACAGAAGGAUACUUUUACUAUGAAGGAAAUACUCCUGUAUAUUGGUCAAUAUAUUAUGUCUAAGCAUCUGUAUGAUGAAGAACAGCAGCAUAUUGUCCACUGUGCAAAUGAUCUCUUGGGAGAACUUUUUGGAGUGCAAAGUUUUUCUGUAAAAGAACAGAGGCAAUUAUAUUUGAUGAUUUCCAAAAACCUGGUAACUGUCAGUCGACAAGACUCUAAUAAUGUUAACACAUCUGUGAAUCAGUCCAGGUGCCAACUAGAAAAUGGAAGUGCUCUAAAGGAAUUUGUGCAAGACUCAAGUGAAGCAACUACUUCUAGGAGGAGGGCAUACAGUGGUGCAGAAGAACAUGGUUCAGAAGAUGUGAAUGAUGAAAGACAGAGCAAACGGCAUAAAUCAGACAGCAUUUCUCUUACGUUUGAUGAAAGCCUUUCAUGGUGUGUUGUCAGCGGAUUAUAUUGUGAUCAAAAUAACAGCAGCAGCUCUGCAGGAUCUCCAUCAAGUCCAGAUAACAAUGCCAGUUUAAGUGAUUGGCUAGAUGAUGAUUCUGUUUCAGAUCAAUUUAGUGUUGAGUUUGAAGUUGAAUCUAUCUGUUCAGAAGAAUACAGCCCUAAUGAAGAAGGUGUUGAACUUACAGAUGAGGAUGAUGAGAUAUAUCAAGUAACUAUAUAUCAGACUGAAGACAGUGAUAUGGAUUCAUUUGAUGAAGAUCCUGAAAUUUCCCUGGCUGAUUACUGGAAAUGCUCACACUGCAAUGAGAUGAAUCCACCCCUGCCGUCCCAUUGUCCCAGAUGCUGGACCCUGCGAGAGGGUUGGCUCCCAGAGAAAUCUGAGAAGUCUCAAAUGAGCAAACAUGAAAACUCCACAUCACUGCCCCCUGAAAAGGCCACAGAGCUCGAUCAAGAGGAUGGCUUUGAUGUUCCGGAUUGCAAGAAAGGGAAAAUAAACGACGAUAAUAAGGAAACGGAGGAUACCGAACAAAGCUCAGAGUCUCAGGAAAGCGAGGCAUAUUCGCAGCCAUCAACAUCCAGCAGUAUGCUGUGCAGCAGUCAGGAAGACUCUAAAGAACCUGAGAAGGAUGACCCUGUAGACAAAAGCCCAGAAUCCAGUCUGCCUCUCUCCAGUGUCGAACCGUGUGUGAUAUGCCAAACGCGCCCCAAAAAUGGCUGCAUAGUACAUGGAAGGACAGGACAUCUUAUGUCAUGUUUCACCUGUGCCAAGAAACUGAAGAAGCGGAACAAGCCCUGUCCGGUCUGCCGGCAGCCAAUAGAAAUGAUUGUAUUAACUUAUUUUUGCUAACUACUUAAAGAAUCUCUAUAGAUUAAUACAAAAUAUUUUGAAAUAUUAUAAAAGUGUUUUAAAAAAAUUCCAGAGUCUUAAUGCAACCUUUGUACAGGAAUUGAUCAUUUAGGCAAUACUGUUUUCAAAGUACAUUUUGGUUGAAUAUGUACUGGCAGUCCAAAUAUCUACUUCUGAAGGGGUGGGAGUCAUUGCUUAAGGGUAGUAGAGAAUUCCAACAAUAAAAACUUAUUUAUUUCAUGCUA